AUGCCUGGAGAAAGAGAGUAUGAGAUUUGUCGAAAGGCGCUCGAGCUGCUCUCCGACUUGUGCUCCAGAGGGGAGGUGCAGGACGACAACUGCUUGGAUUUCACCUACUACUUCAGGGAUCUGGCUCGACCUCGCUACACGGACUCAGAUGUAUCAGUGAGCCUAUUGUCCCUGUUAGUGACCACCUGUGGUCUGGCUUUAUUCAGCGUCUCCCUAUUUGUAUCAUGGAAGCUGUGUUGGGUACCGCUGAGUGGCCGCUUCCUCCCAGAUGUCCUCAAGGGAGCACAUUUUCUGGGAGGGGACCAACAGCCUGUCCUAAUAGAGGUAGAUGGGGAUGACAGGGAUUAUAGUGAAGAUGGCUGUAUGAAAGAGCCUUCAGGCCUACCCAUGGCUGUGUCUGUCCCGGAGUCAGGUCUGAAGAUCAGUCACACAUCACCUGACAUCCCUCUGGAGACUCAGGCCAAAGUGGACCACAUCCAAACCCACACCUUGACCAGGGACAGAGUGCAAAGACAAAUCACUGAACCCACAUCAUCAGUACGUCACAACUCUAUCCGUCGUCAGAUGAAUUUGUCCAAUCCUGACUUCAAUCCUACUCAGUUCCAGCGCCAGGAUAGUUUAACUUGUUUGGGUCGGAUCAAACCUGAGCUUUACAAACAGCGCUCUGUGGACACAGAUGAUGGGCGUAGAACAGACAACUGUGGGCGUCUCCAUUUCAUCCUUAAAUUUGACUUUGAUCUGGAGCAACUCAUUGUUAAGAUUCAUAAGGCUCAAGAUCUUCCUGCCAAGGACUUCUCGGGGACCUCUGAUCCUUAUGUGAAGAUCUACCUGUUGCCUGACCGUAAAAACAAGCACCAGACAAAGGUGCAUCGGAAGACUCUCAACCCAAUAUUUGAUGAGGUGUUCCUCUUUCCAGUGGCGUACACCGAGUUGUCAAAUCGAAAGCUGCACUUUAGUGUCUACGACUUUGACAGGUUCACUCGCCAUGAUGUGAUUGGUCAAGUAGUGGUGGACAACUUCCUGGAUCUUGCAGACUUCCCACGGGAAACUAAAUUGUGCCGGGAUAUCCAAUAUGUCACUUCGGACAACGUAGAUCUGGGAGAGCUGAUGUUCUCAUUGUGCUAUCUCCCCACGGCUGGCAGGCUCACCAUUACCAUGAUCAAAGCCAGGAAUCUCAAAGCCAUGGACAUAACUGGUGCUUCAGAUCCAUAUGUAAAGGUGUCGCUGAUGUGUGAUGGUCGGAGGCUUAAGAAAAGGAAGACGUCCACCAAACGCAACACCCUGAACCCAGUUUACAAUGAAGCCAUCGUAUUUGAUGUCCCCCCAGAAAACAUCAAUCAAAUAAGCCUACUAAUAGCCGUCAUGGACUAUGAUCGAGUUGGGCAUAAUGAAAUUAUCGGAGUGUGCAGGGUGGGUACGGAGGCUGACACUCUGGGAAGAGACCACUGGAGUGAGAUGCUGACAUAUCCACGCAAGCCUGUCGCACACUGGCAUCCGCUAAUUGAGUGGGUUGGACAAAGAGCAGCAGGGAGUGGAAGUCAAGGAGGAUCCACCAAUUCUCUGAAGGCACCGCCAUCACCAUGA